ACAUCAUAGUAUUGGGGGGACAACUUAGAGUCUAACAUGGACCUGAACAGGAGUCUCUUACAGCAUCCCUAUCAAGUAGUGCCUUUGCUUGAAAGACUUCCAGGAAUGAGGAACUUAUUCCUUUACAAGCUAUAGCCAGCCGCUGGCUUCUUCUGCCCGCUGCUGCCGCCGCCGCCCGUGGCUGCACUCUGAAGCGCGUGUCAGCUCCGUCCCAGACGAAUCCCCGAGAAGCUCCGAAGAAUCAAGAACAUGGCCAGUGAAUUGAUAGUUGAAAAAAGUGACCUGGAGUUUGAAAAGAAUGGCAAAAAUCACUGGACUAGUAGCAUGUGCCAGGAUAAACUGGUGGUCAGACGGGGUCAGCCAUUCGACAUCGUUAUAUAUUUCCAAGACAGGGGCUUUGAGGCUUCUGUGGACAAAGUGAACUUCAUCGUAGAGACAGGGCCCUAUCCCAGUGAAGCUGCAGGCACCAAGGCCAAAUUCCCCCUCUCUGACUUUGUCCAGGAGGGCGUCUGGGCAGCCACUGUGAUUGGCCAAGAAAACAAUGUGCUGUACCUGACAAUCUCCUCUCCACCCCAUGCUCCCAUUGGUUACUACAAACUCUUGAUAGAGACCCUCACAGGAUCCUAUAAUAAUAUAUUCUCCAUCACUGGCUUUAUACUCCUCUUCAAUCCCUGGUGCCAAGAGGAUUCAGUGUAUGUGGAGCACGAUGACUUUCGGAAGGAAUAUGUCCUGAAUCAGCAUGGUAUCAUCUUUCAGGGGUCCUAUAAAUAUGUCAACAAGAUCCCAUGGAACUUUGGGCAGUUUGAAGAUGGCAUCAUAGACAUCUGCAUUGAGCUCCUGAAUAUGAACCCCAAAUUUUUUAAGGAUCCUAGUCGUGACUGUUCCCGCCGCAGCAGCCCCAUCUACAUUAGUCGGGUCAUCAGUGCCAUGGUCAACUGUAAUGAUGACAAAGGAAUCUUAUAUGGGCGCUGGGAUAACUACUACAUGGAUGGAGUCAGCCCCAUGGCCUGGAUAGGGAGUGUGGACAUCCUGAGGAAGUGGAAGAUGAGUGGCUGUCACCCAGUGAAAUAUGGCCAAUGCUGGGUUUUUGCUGCAGUGGCUUGCACAGUGAUGAGAUGCCUUGGAAUACCCACCAGGGUUGUAACCAAUUACAAUUCAGCCCAUGAUUCGAACACGAACCUGACCAUUGAAGUGUACAGAGAUGAGAGAGGCGAGGUACUAAUGAACAAGAGUGAAACAGUAUGGAACUAUCACUGUUGGAUUGAAGCUUGGAUGGACCGUCCUGAUCUAAAGCCAGAGUACAAUGGUUGGCAAGCUAUUGAUCCAACUCCCCAGGAAAAGAGUGAAGGCACAUACUGCUGUGGCCCAGCUUCAAUCAAAGCCAUCAAGAAUGGUGAAGUGAAUACCAAGUACGAUGCUCCCUUUGUCUUUGCUGAAAUCAAUGCAGAUGUGGUAAACUGGAUCAAAGAAAGUGAUGGGGACUUUAAAAAGCUGUACACCAAAACUAUGAUAGUAGGCGUAAUGAUCAGUACAAAGGCUAUAGGCAAGGAUGAAAGAGAAGAUGUCACUCACCACUACAAGUAUCCAGAAGGGUCCAAGGAGGAAAGGGAGACAUAUAAAAGAGCAAAUCAUCUGAACAAGCUAUCUUUAACAAAUGAGCAUUCCCUGGUCGAAAAUGUGAAGAUUAAAAUCAAAGUGUCUCCAAACAUGAGCAAGGGUAAUGACUUUGAUGUCUUUGGUGUGAUCAACAACAAUUCAUCGGAGGAGCAAAAUUGCCAUUUGCUGAUGGCUGCCCGGACAGUCACCUACAAUGGCAGACUUGGGCCUGAGUGUGCCAAGACGGAGCAGUUCUCUCUGGACAUGGAACCCUUAUCUGAGAAGAUAAUACCUUUGAGGAUCUGCUACUCAGACUAUCAGAAGUACCUGGAUGAGAGCAACCUUAUUAAAGUGAAGAUGCUCCUCCAAGUCCUCCAGUCCCAGACUUUCCUGAUGGCGGAGCGAGACAUCUACUUGGUGAAUCCAGAAAUCAAGAUCAGGAUCCUAGGAGAACCCAAAAAGCUUCGAAAGCUGGUGGCUGAAUUGUCCCUUAAAAACCCUCUCCCAGUUCCCUUGCUUAAUUGUGUCUUUACUGCAGAAGGAGCAGGGCUGACUCCGGUGCAGAAGAUAGUUCAUAUCUCUGAACCAGUGGAACCUGGAAACAUUGUCACAACCCGAGUGGACCUGAUGCCCCAGUGGCCUGGACUGCACAAGCUGGUGGUGAACUUCGAAAGUGACAAAAUGAAGGGAGUGAAGGGCUACUGGAAUGUGAUUGUUGGACCAUAGUUCAACUGAGAAGCCGCUCACCAGCUAAGAGGCAUGGGGAGCAAACCCCCAUUUCCUCAUACUUAUCUUAACCUAUACAACUGAGCCUAAUCACACCCUGUAAGAAAACUCCCAAACUGCACCCCACAAAAACAAGAAAAUUCAAUCAAGAGUCUUUCCCUUCUUCUUAUGUUCCAGGGCCUAUAGGGGUUCUCUGCAUCACUCUAGGUCUACAGGAUCAGAGAUGGUCAACAGCCAUCUUUGGGAGUCAGAGAGUCUGUGGAUUGUAUCUCUUUAGCUCAGUAUCCUUCCUAAAAUCCAGAGCCCCCUGAGAAGAGAGGGUUUUUAGUGUUCCCUCAGGGUCCUUUUCUCAUGAUGGACAGUGACUGUCAAAGAGGUAAUAUCCUGUCCUUGACCUACAAUUAUACUUCUAUAGAGACACAACACCCCUUGCUCCAAUCAGGUGUCCUCUUCUUCCACCAUCAGGCCAUGUAGACGGUCUAGACCAGGAUGAUUAAUUUCAAUCUAUAUUCUCCUUUUUAGUUCUCCCAGCUAGCCCCACACAGAGCUAAAGAAAACAGUGGGAGGUUUAGACAAGCAAAAAGAUGGCACCUUGAGUGAAGAGGGAUCAGGAAGCUUGAUAGUGGGGACUGUAUCAUAUCAAAGAAAAAAGUAGGAUGUCGUGGAAAGCUCCCUGGGCUGAGUAAGGAGGCAAAGAUGCUGUUUUGAAAUAUCUGCAGGGCUCACAUAGAAGAUUUUUUUUUUUUGCUUGGUCCCAUUUUGCUGAAAUUGAUAGAAGUUACAGAGAGGUAGAUUUCAGCUCAAAAAAAAAAAAGAUUUUAAAAACCAGGGCCAAUCCAUAAAGGAAUGAAGCUGCCUCAAGAAGUAAAAUGAGCUUUUAUUCCUAGAGCUUCAAGGACAGAGUUUACUUGUCAGAGAUAGGAACUAGAACUGAGGCUUCUUCAAAUUCAGGAUUUCUGUUUUAAUACAAUUUCUUCCUUGACUCUGUGACCUUAGCCAAGCUAUUUCCCAUCUCUGGGCCUCUGUUACCUCCUCUGAAAGAAAGUGACUGGAUUGGAUAAUCUCAUAAUACCCCUGUCUCUUUACCUUGCCCUUCCUACCAAGUUCUGAGACUCUGGAUUAGUGCCUAUAAUCCUGUCCUUCAGAGAGCACAGUUAUUCACAUGUCAGAGGCCGGAGGCCAUAGGAGCCCAUCUGCCUCAUUCUUAAAGGCAUUGGGCUAUCUAUAGCUUGUUAGGUUCUAACAACUCUCAGGUGACUGUAAUACUCAAUUUGCUUUCACACUCUAUCUCUUUGUCAUUAUGUCUUUUGGUCAGCUUACUUUUUCCAUAUCUUCCUCCUUUCUUUUUUCCACCCUUCUCAGUAACUGUACUGGACUUUCCAAGGGCAAAGCUGAGAUUCUUAGGACCCAACUUUUUGUACUAGCUUGUACUAAUGCUUAACCCAGUGCCUAACCCCAGGCACUCCUUGUUGCUCAGCUUCUCAGGACAAGUCUGAAGACUUAUAGGGAAGCAAGGAGAAGAGGUUUUCAAAGCCAAAGCUUGUACAUCUUUGAUCAAGAUCUAAUAAGCUUAAGGAUGCUGAAGAUAGAAUUCUUAUUCAGAUAGGGGGUCAGACUAGAAGGACUUGAAGAUUCCUUGUAACACUGAUCCAGGGAUUCUGUGACAAAAUCUUCCAAACUUGUGUGCCAAUGAUAUGCCUUAAAAAAAUAAAGGGUUAACUUCAUGAGAAGCAAUAUGCCAGAAAAAAGGGACCACGAGUGUGAGGAGUACUGAACUCACCUGAAUAUAUGAAUUUAAGUUGAAGAAGCUAGAGAUUUUUAGCUUAGUGAAGGCUAGGAGAAAUGGGAUGAUAGUUGCCUUUAAAUCUUUCAUAGACUAUUACCAAAAAAAAAAAAAAAAAUCAGACUUCUAUUUAGUUCCAAAAGGCAGAACUACAAACAAUGGAGGGAAGUUAUAAAAAGGCAAAUUUUGUUAAGAAUAAAAAUAAAUCACAGCCAUACAAGAUAGGAAUACAAUGCCUUAAAAGCACUGGAGUCCUUCCAGUAAUCAACAAAUUAAAAAGCAUUCAGUGCCUAUCCUAUUCUAGGAGGUUCUGGAGAUACAAAUUUAAAAAAAAAAAAUGAGAGGGCUUGCCCUCAAAGAGAUUACAUUCUACUCAUGGAUGACCAUUUGGAAUAUCAUGGAGAGGAUUCAUGCUUCAAUUUCAAGCUGUAUCACACAACAUUUGAGGAUCUGUCUAGUAAAUGAAAUUGGAUUUGAAUCUGAAAAUCUGAAAGGUAAUGAACCAUUCCUUAAUUCUCUACCAUCUUCCAGCCUCCAGUUAGAUCCAGGAUAUCAAGCCUCAGAAAGACAGAGAACCCAAAAUGUGUAUAGGUGUUUGGAGACAGAAACUCAGAAGAAUAAUUCCUAGACUGAAAGUCAGAGGACCUAAAUUCUAGUCCUGUUUCUAACAAAAAUGAUUACCCCAAGCAGUUAAUUUUCCUGGCUUUUGUUACCUAGUCUGUAAAAUGAGAAUAAGAAUCCUCUAUAAGAUUGUUUUGAGAAUCUCAUAAUGGUUAUGAAUCUACUGUUAAAAAAACAACACUGUAAAGCACUAUAUCAGUAUGAAAUGGUAUCUGUCUGGAAAACAGGACAUGAAGGGUUUUGGUAGUUUCACUCAGACUUGUUAUUAUUACUAGGGAAAUAUUCUGUUUUCUUCAAACAAGAUUUUAAAAUGUGAGGAAAAAUGGUAUUUGAUUCUGUCCAUAGUUUAUAUCAAGCUUUUUUUAGCAAAGCGGGCAGGGGAACUUGCUUUUGAGCCAUUUGUGCCCAUAUCUCCCCAUAUGUCGGCCCUUGCCAGCCACUUGGGCAUGCUUGUGUAGUACACAUAUGCUGAAGUAAGCAAAAUAAAUUUUUUCACCUGAA